AUGCCACUGACGACGACGACAACAACAAAAAACGCGCUAAUAGUUCACCGUCACCAAUCACUCCUUCUCCGGCUCGCUGUGUUGUCCAGAGCUGUUACCUUCAUUCUCCUGCAACUCGCCGUUCGACUUGCUCUCUUUGAUGCGUCGCCCCUCCUUGUCUCUGCAGGACGACCUUUCUUGCGCUGGGAUACAUUCCAUUUUCUCCAUGUUGCUGAGCAAGGAUAUGCUUAUGAGCAUGAGUGGGCCUUUUUCCCUGGCGUUCCCAUCGUUAUGCGUGCCAUGGCCAGACUCGUCCGUCUGGUACACACCUCAGAACAUCGCUCUGAUCUCUUGCUGGGGGGUGUGGCCGCAGCCGUCACUUGCGAUACAACUCGCACCUUUUAUGCACUCUCCCUACAUCAUUUGCAGACUCCCCAAUUAGCGUUCCUGGCUUCGCUACUCUCCUUGCUCCCCAGCAGUCCCGUCACACUACAGUAUGCGCCAUACAGUGAACCAUUUUUUACUUAUUUCUCUUACAAAGGCAUGCUUUCUUGUGCGCGCGAGCAAUGGAUUCUUGCCGCCAUCUUUUUUGCCAUCGCCGGAUCCUUCAGAUCGAACGGUAUCUUUCUUUCUGGAUUCCUUCUCUGGGGCAUGGUGAUUCAGCCCUACCUUCAAAGUGGAAAAAUGGCUCCCGGAACACUCCUUGCGUCGAUCGGUCUAACCGCACUUGUAACCUCCCCUUUCAUAUACCAUCAAUACGCGGCCUUCGCUGCGUUUUGCACAACACCCAUGCCCUACCCGGAUUGGUGUGAUCACAUUCCACCGUCAAUCUACACACACGUCCAAUCGAAAUAUUGGAAUGUAGGCUUCUUUCGUUAUUGGGUGACUCCUCAAAUCCCCAACUUCUUGAUUGCAGCCCCUCCUCUCCUUGGCCUUUGUGCUUUUUCUGCUCAUUACCUGACAAGAAACCUAUAUUCUCGCCUCUGCGCAACGUCCUCAGAUAAAGAUAACGAUCCCUUCCUGCGUAGUUCUAUUGCGCCGCAUAUACUCCACGCGAGUUUGAUAUGUGUAAUUCUCCUCUUUGCCUCGCACACUCAGAUUGUCCUACGUCUCGCUGCUUCCAUGCCAGCGACCUACUGGGCAGCUGUUUGGCUUAUGUUCGCCCAUCCAGUCUGGGGUUUCUCAUGGGUCUUGUGGAGCUUCUCGUGGGGUCUUAUUGCCAUCAUCUUAUGGGGUGUAUUUCUCCCGCCCGCGUAA